CUCUUCAACUUCCGACUACAACUUUUUGCACACAAACCCAGUGGACAUUACACUUUCUUACAUUUACGAUUUACGAGACAUCAGAAUUUUGAGGAUUCUUGCAGUGAGGACAUUAAUAGUAAACAAUCGUGCUUCAGCGGGGUUUCAGACAUGAGAGGUGGAGUUAUCGCAUUGCUCAUCCUCCUCUGGCUACUCAGUGGAGACGAAGGUCCUCGUACAGAGCAUUUACAGAAAGCACUCAGAGAGCUGAAUGAAGAAGCCGCUGUCUGUGGGAACCGUACUUUUGGGGUCAAUGUUUCUUAUCCACUUCCAGAAGCUGUGUCAAUAGAGCUUACCAAGUUGUUCAAACCAGCAGGAAGUUGGGGAGCACAUUUUUACCAUAACCUCACAGGGUCGUUUAAAGGCGAUUGGGUUUUUGAUGAAGAGAUUGCUGCAAAAAUUAAUCAAGAGUUUCCUUUGCCAAAUGCUCCUCCGGCCAAGGAGGAUUCUAAAACGAAUGGGACAGUCUCGGAAGUCAAUGACAAGAAUAAUGAUAGCAUAACAGGGCCCAAUAAAGAGGAGAGCGGGACAGAUGGUAGAACCACGCCAAUAGAUCCUAAGGAAGGCUCAACGAACAGUACAAUUGAAGAAGGCUCAGCAGAAGAUGAUAAAUCAAUAGACACCAUAGAAGAUAAGAAACCCAAGUACUUGGAGGACCUGGAUAAAUUCAAAGGCUCCUUUCAAUUCAAUGAAUCUGGAUCCUUUACGUUCAAUAUCAGAGAGACGAAGGCUACGGAACAUGUGAAUUGGGUCAAGGGAAGCUGGAGACUGAGGCAUGAAGAUAAUGAGGACUAUGGUAUAGCGCUGAAUGUCCAGGGUGUUCAUUUUGUUCAUAAUGGGUCCUUUUAUAUGUGGGGGAUUCCUGAAGAGUAGGACACAACCCGGAAAGGGUUUAAGCUUCACCUUGAACUGCUCUACUUUGGCUUGUAUUCGAUAACAAGCAUGCUCACAAUGUUGUUUUAUCCUUUUGUGUCUAAUAGGAGUCGGAUGCCUCUUUGGCGAGUAUUGGAUCUAAUGCCCAACAAUGUAUCCUUUACGCUUGCUCUGGCGGCAGUCAAGGAGCAAUAUCAAAAGCGGAUCAAAACAAUACAAGAUGUGAUGGAUGGGAUCGACACUUUAGAGUAUCCAGAGACAACACUAUCUGAAUCUUCUAGCUGCCACUAUCAAAUGUACAUGCAACUUGGUGCCAUUGACUCGAGUGUUCGAUCCACGGCAGUUAAGGAGCUUGAACGAGAAUGGGCGUCGCCG